AUUUGUAUAACAUCUUUGGAGAAUGUGUAUUCUAAUCUUUUGCUCAUUUUUUUUCUUUAAAAAAUUUUUAUUUACAUAAAUUUAUUGGGUACAAGUGCAAUUUUGUUACACGCACAGAUUGCAUAAUGGUCAAGUCAGGGCUCUUAGGAUGUCCAUCACCUGAAUAACAUACAUGGUACCCAUUCUGUAAUUUCUCAUUUCACCCCCCUCCCAACCCCUCUUUUGCCCAUUUUUAAAUUGGGUUAUUUUAUUUUAUUUUUUUGUUAUUGAGUUGUAGGAUUUAUUUGUAUGUUCUAGAUAUUAACCGCUUAUCAGAUAUAUAAUUUGCAAAUAUUUUCUCCCAUUCCAUAGAUUGCUGUUUUACUCUGUUGAUUAUGUUCUUCAAUAAAUUAAAGUCUGAUGUGGUCCCAUUUUUUCUAUUUUUGCUUUUGGUGUCACAUCCAAGAAAUCACUGCUGAGUCCAACGUCAUGAAGGUCUCUCCCUGUUUUCUUCUAGGAGUUUUAUGGUUUUAGAUCUUCAAUCCUCUUGCUCAGUUUUAACCUGCCUGGUGUAUCCUUCUCAUCACUUCUGCUCCUUUCCUGUUACUCGUUUUCUCUUCCCUUCUUAUUACCUUUCCUCCUCCUCUUCCUUUCACCCUGUCCACCUGCCUCUCUGUCUCUCAGCCUCUCCCCACCCCGACCCACACUCGUUUCUGCUGUUCUUCCCUCACACUCGCAGUUCCUUACCCCUCCCAGCCCACCUCAAACCUGCUUUCCUACCUCUGAGCUGAGCACUCCCUCCUCCCUCUGCUGCUACCACUUCUCUCUUCUCUUUUUCAGGCUUCAGACUAGAACCAUGACCAUGGAACCCUGAAGUGGCAGUGACUUCUAGAGCUCAGUGGCAGACCCGACGACCCCAGGCCCUUCCUCCCCCUCCCACCACCAGCUUUCAAGCUCCCAGAGGGAGGGGUGGGGAGGGGAUCCUGAUCUCACAGGGCAGGGGGCUUCCAUCAUGAUGCUCAACUCAGACACCAUGGAGCUGGACCUGCCACCCAACCACUCAGAGACUGAGUCGGGCUUCAGUGACUGUGGGGGCGGGGCGGGCCCUGAUGGUGCUGGGCCUGGGGGUCCGGGAGGGGGCCAGGCCCGAGGCCCAGAGCCGGGAGAGCCUGGUCGGAAAGACAUGCAGCAUCUGAGCCGCGAGGAGCGCCGGCGCCGGCGCCGCGCCACAGCCAAGUACCGCACGGCCCAUGCCACGCGAGAGCGCAUCCGCGUGGAAGCCUUCAACCUGGCCUUCGCCGAGCUGCGCAAGCUGCUGCCCACGCUGCCUCCCGACAAGAAGCUCUCCAAGAUUGAGAUCCUGCGCCUGGCCAUCUGCUAUAUCUCCUACCUGAACCACGUGCUGGACGUCUGAACUCGGCCUGUUUCCCACCUCCCGGACUUCUCUGGGGCCCCUUUCCACCGCUCACUGCUUAGAAUGGCCGCAUCCUCCCCGAGCCCUUAAACCUUGGCAUGGAGUCCCAAAGGCCCUGGGCCCAGGCAGAGAGCCCACUGGCUGGUCAUGAGGGCAUCUUUCUUUCACUGACCCAGGCACCUCGAGGGCUUUUCUCCUGGGUUCCUCCCGGGGUUUACUGCUGAGGCCCAGCUGUGCAGAAUUGUUUGCUAGUGUGGUUGGUAUGGAAUCCUUGCUAGCUUUACUAAGCCAGCCGCACUUGGAGUCUGCCCCCAAGCUCUCUCACGGCAUGCUGCCUCUUCUACCCCUAUGUCCAAAUUUUCAGCGACUACAGACCCCAGCUCUGUAUCCUAUCUGUUGUAGCUUCUCCUGCCCAUGGUGGGGAUGGGCUGUCAGAACUGCAAGGGAGGAAGACUGGGAUUAGAGUGGGAGUGGGCUUCUUCCUUCAAGAUCUCAGUCUCUCAGUGCUUGGCAGAGGGGCGGGGCCCUGGGGAGGCAGGGGUUGGUGCCCUGACUCCUGUGAGGGGAAUCUCAGUAGCUGGGAAUUAUGGAAAAACUCUUCCUAUUUCUGCCCAUCUCGUUCCUGUGGCUUAGCACAUACAGACCUCAGAUCUUACUUGGUAGUGAGUGCCUUGCCCUCUCCGAGCUAUUUGGCCACUUCCCUGCCCCUCUGACUCCUACUGUCCCAAUUUUCUCCCUCCCUGUGUGUCACUAGAGAAAAAAAAAAAACAAACACCUAGAUCCCAGAUUAGGGGAUGACAUCCCAAACAGCCCGGAGUAUUUGCAGGAGGCUCAGGCAACGAGUGGGCCACAUCUCACUUCUGCUUCCUCCAUCUCAACCCACCCUGAAAAUGUGCAGCACCCUCACUGGUUCCUCCCCCUCACAAAGAGAGUGCCCGAUUGUUGCCCUCUGGGAGUGCUCGGUUCUCCUGGCCCUAGGACCUACUUAUUAAAUUUUUUUUUUUUUCCUUGAUCUGCUUUUGGCAAGGGAAAAGACCCCCAACUCUGUGUCCCUACUCCAUGUUGCUGAUCCCCACCUGCACACUAUAACCCAGGGUCAGCAGUAGAAUGAAGGGCCUUAGAACCUGCACAGAAGAAAUGAACUCACUGCAUUUCUGUGUUCCCUUCUCCCUCGCAACAAACUCCUAGCUCUACAAGUAUAUUUAUUUAUUCAUCUAUUUAUUUAUUAUUUAUUUAUUUAUUUAUUUAUAAAUAUUGCUAUUUAUUGCCGAGUUGUGCACUUUGGGAUAGAGUGAGGGGCUCCCAGCAGCUCUAGCUGGGUCUUUCUUGCUUCCUCCCUGUUACUCCUCUCCUUUUCUUGCUCCUUCUUCAACUCUUGGUGUGUGUGAGCAUGCCCUUUGCUCGCCACACCAUAUCCUUUCCCCAGAUCCACCUGUCCUGACACUCUAGUCCUCCAGGAUAGUGCUCCUCCCCCAGCUUCGGGGCUCCUGGAUGUCCUUCCUCAACACCCUCCGCCCCUAGGCAGUCCCACCCGGUCCCGUCUGCCUAUUUUCUCUCCCCAGCCUGCCCUGUGACCCUUGCUUCUUCCUGAUACUCCCAAGAGCAGGCCCCAGGGGUCUGUGUCUUAUAUCUGUGUGUGAUUCCUUCUGGUUGCAUUCCCAAUUUCAUACAAAAGGAAAAAUAAAAGUGACCUCGUUCUAGCACCA